AUGAACCCAGGGAGCCGGAGUCUGAAGUUUGUUAUUUUGACAGCACUUCAGGCUUUAUCUGUGUCCAUAUCCCUGUGUGACAAUGUGCUCUCCACAUCUGUUGAAGGGAAUCUUUUCAGCACCACUGUUCAACACAGACCAAGAGCAAAACAGAAACACUAUGGGACUACAGUACCUCUUCAGCUCGUCGGACAAGACUGGAAACCAAUCGGCCAACUCAAAUCCCAGAGUCACCCUGCAUCACUGAAGCUCCUGAUUGAAGCGGAAGGUGAGCAGCUGCUCUUGGCUCUGGAGAAAAAUGAGGGGCUGUUUGCAAGUAACUAUACAGAAACCCAUUACCUGGAAGACGGCAGCGCGGUCACAGGCUCUCACAACUUCACGGCAAACUGCUACUACCACGGUGUGGUGGAGGGUCAUGCCAACUCAGAUGUCAGCCUCAGUACCUGUGCUGGGAUUAAGGGUCUCAUAUCUCUUGAAGGCAGAUCAUAUGUACUGGAACCAUCUGCUGAUCUCACCGGAGGGACUCACUGGAUCUACACAACUGAACACCUCAGUCUUGCUUCUGGCACCUGUGGCCAUGAUUUCAACAUAUCGUUUCCCACUGAACCAGCAAACAGCAGCCCAUUCAGGGCUUUCGGCACAAGGCAUAAACGCCACGUCCAGACUACAACCAAGUAUGUGGAGCUGAUUAUUGUGGCUGACAACAGAGAGUUUCAGAAGCAAGGCAAGGACAUGGAGAAGGUCAAACAGCGGCUGGCAGAGAUCGCCAAUUACGUGGACAAGUUCUAUAGGGCUCUGAAUAUUCGUGUGGCUCUGGUGGGCCUGGAGGUGUGGAGUGAUGUAGACAAGUGCCCCAUCACACAGGACCCCUUCACUACCUUGCAUGAGUUCCUUGAUUGGAGGAAGGUCAAGCUGCUGCCUCAGAAGCCUCAUGACAAUGCUCAGCUUAUCAGUGGGGUGUAUUUCCAGGGCACCACCAUUGGUAUGGCACCCAUUAUGAGUAUGUGCACAGCAGAGCAGUCAGGAGGAAUCGUCAUGGACCAUUCAGACAACCCCCUGGGUGCUGCGGUCACCCUGGCCCAUGAGCUUGGACACAACUUCGGAAUGAACCAUGACACCCCAGAAAGGGGGUGUGGCUGCAGGGUGACAGUGGAUCGUGGAGGCUGCAUCAUGACUCCCUCCACUGGGUAUCCAUUUCCCACAGUGUUCAGCAGCUGUAGCAAGAAAGACCUGACUGCCAGCUUUGAAAAAGGUGUGGGGAUGUGUCUGUUCAACAUGCCUGAGGUCAAGGUGCUCUAUGGUGGGCAGAAAUGUGGCAACGGCUAUGUGGAGGAGGGAGAGGAGUGUGACUGUGGAGAACUGGAGGAGUGUAACAAUCCCUGCUGCAAUGCUACUACCUGCACUCUGAAGGGGGAUGCUGUUUGUGCCCACGGACAAUGUUGCCAGGACUGUCAGCUGAAGCCAGCAGGCACUCCAUGCCGUGAAUCCAGUAACUCUUGUGAUCUGCCAGAGUUCUGCACUGGUACAAGUCCUCACUGCCCCUCCAAUGUCUACCUGCACGACGGACACGCCUGCCACAAUGUGGACGGUUACUGUUAUAACGGCAUCUGCCAAACACACGAGCAGCAGUGUAUCACACUUUGGGGCCAAGGAGCCAAGCCAGCUCCGGGCAUCUGCUUUGAAAGGGUCAACUCAGCAGGAGACCCCUAUGGCAACUGUGGCAAGGAUUCUAAAGGCUCCUUUGCCAAAUGUGAAGCACGAGAUGCUAAAUGUGGCAAAAUCCAGUGUCAAGGAGGAGCUAACCGCCCAGUAAUUGGCACCAAUGCUGUUUCCAUAGAAACAAAUAUCCCCCUCCAGGAAGGGGGAAGGAUACUGUGCCGAGGUACACAUGUCUACUUGGGUGAUGACAUGCCCGACCCUGGCCUGGUCCUGACGGGGACCAAGUGUGGAAAUGACAUGAUGUGUCUGAAUCGUCGGUGUCAGAACGUCAGUGUCUUUGGUGUGCACGAGUGCUCAUCCAAGUGCAGCGGUCGAGGGGUAUGCAACAACAACAAGAACUGUCAUUGUGAGGCUCAUUGGGCUCCUCCCUUCUGUGACAAGGCAGGUUUUGGAGGGAGCGUGGACAGUGGCCCCAUCAGAUUAUCAGGCAGCGGGAACCUGACAGUUGGCAUCCUGGUGGCUCUCCUUACUGUCCUGGGAGCUGGUUUGAUCAUCUGCAUCAAGAGAAAAACUCUACUGGGCCUGCUCUUGACAAGUAAAAAGAAUCCAAUCGAGAAGCUCAGAUCAGUAAGCGCUGCAAUCAGCGGACCAUCCACUCCUAACCAGCCUCAGCCAGUGAGCACAGCAUCUCCAUCUCGGCCAGCACCACCUCUACCGCACAGUACCACUAUCUUCAAGCCUCCGAACCGGGGGCCAGAGGCGACGCUCCCACCGGCCCCCUACCCCUCCCACAGCCUGCGCAGACUGCCCCAGUGCCCUCCAGUUCACCUCAGCCACCCUGUCCCUCUGUCUCUCACCCUGUCCCUCUCAUCUGGCCCUGGGCAACCGAGACCCCCGAUGCCUCCACCUCACCGAGCUCCUCCACCUCACAUCCACGUUGCACCCAGGGGGGCUUCAUUUCGCAGUGCGUCACGUCAUAACUCCUGCAGGAUGGUCAUGGAGUUGGAGAAGCCUAGUCCUCCUCAGAAGCCCCUUCCUGCUGAUCCAAGGAGUUCUCGUCUGGGGCGGAGUCCCUCUGUGUUGCAGGGCCACACUGUAGUCCAAGGGUCAUCUGUUGUUGGUCUCCCUGCACCAAUACCUGGUGUACCCAGACCUGUGCAUCCUGUUCGACACCCCAAUAGACCCAGUCCCAAGCAACCUCCAACACUACCAAAGCCUUGCAUAAUUGCCAAUGUCAAGUACAGCAGCUGA